UCCUCCUUUUGGCUUCUGCAUUGAUAAUUACUACACCCGUACUAAAAAUGCACUGACUGCAAGGAAUAGGGGAUCAAUUUAGUAACAAUGGGUUAAUUUCUCUAAAAUAUCAAUGCCGCCUUAUUAAUCUUGGUUUGGAUUAUGUUUUAAAGUGGCAGUGCAGAAUAGGGAGUUAGUCUGCAGUCAUGUACUUAAGAGCAUGUAUCUCCCACCCAUUAAUCCCCAAUCUUAUUUUCAAACUAAUUUUAUUAUAUGGUAAUCAUGUGAUUAUUUUUCGGUUUUCCUUAUUGUUAUAGUCUAUUACUGUCGCACUGUGUUGAGUUGAGCUUUGCUUAUUUAGAAAGUCGAUGGAAUUAGUUCUGUAUCUCAUUCAUACCUUUCUAUUUUGUUUGUUUGUUUUUUCUGUUUGGCCCUUGUUCUGGGUAGAUGUAUAUCUCCAGAUAGUAUUGAAAAAUCAAAACCACACCUAUUUUCUAGGCCAAUGGCAUUUCAAUAUCAAGCAUCGGCCUGCUUCAUUAUUACAUAUUUUUUCUGUUUCACCUAUUGAACAUUGUCCUCUUCAUCAUCAGUUGUGACCCUCCCUUGCUUGUUUUAUUGCUAUUUGGCACUUCGUUGGAUCCCUUUAAUUGAAUAUCACUUCUUACACCUCCUUUGGACCCUUAUCUUUCUUAUGGCUCAAAUUCUCGAAAUUCUCUUGCUCUUGAAAUCCAUUUCGCCUCUCACUUUGUUUCCACCUUUCAAUACUUGUACUUUUUCCAACUUUAACGGAAUGCACUUAACAUUAAACUUAAGUGGUAUCGGGUGCACAAAUAAUAGAGUUCAGUGGUACCCGACGUCCUAUUCAAACUUAAGUGGUAUGUCUGUCCCAAUUCUGAAACUUAAGUGGUAUCCGAGGUAUUUUAUUUUUAUCUCAGUCCAUGCGAAUUGCAAUCGAAUUUUUUUCUGGAUUUCUGGAAGAAGUUUUGGGUGGCCGGCGAGGGGAAAGAGGGAAAAUUGGAAGGGGAUUAUGGCGACCGGAGGAUUGCUUCUUGGGCGCUCAUUUCCGUUGCUGCUAAUCAACAGUAGCAAGACGGUGAAGCUCAGCAAUGGCUAUGGCCGCCGCGCCUCUUACUCUUUUCUCAGCUGGAGUAGUAAUCCUCUUUGGCGGCAAAACAGCGUGACGAAGUUUUCAGCAAAAGCAUUGGCGAACGAGGAAGCGUCGGACGUCCGGCGACUGGCUAAAAUCGCUCGAAUUUUGCUCACUGAACAGGAGGUUGAGGAGUUCGGCCCAAAAAUCCAGCAAGUGAUUGACUGGUGAUGUUUAGAAUCAGUGGCGGAGCUACUUGGUAAGCUGGGGGGUGCGUGCAGCCCCCUUGGGCUAGCAAAAAAAUUCCACCGCCAACAGUUAGUAAGGCCUCAAACAAAUAACCAUCUACUGACAAGUUGACUUUCUUCCAUCUCAGCUAAGUUAGUUUUGUAAUUCUGCUCUCUUUCGUUCAUAUUUACAUUAGCAAAUUGUUCUGAAACCUCCAACUAUAAUAGUUAUAUUUUCCACAAACAUUUUGACGAGGUCAAUUAUCAGUUUUUGUAAUCUAUUACUGGCUUAAAUCCUCAUUUGCUACUUUCGGCUAGGAGAAACUUAUUCAACUGACUACUUUCUAUCCCUACAACUUCCCUCCAAAUAUUAUGAAAUUUCUUGGUCAUCAUCUGAAUUCAUAUAUAUGUGAUCCACCAUUGAUGACAAGUUCAAAGACUUACAAGCGGUAGUUAGAAAAAAAUAUGGUGGAAACAAAUAAUUAGCACAAAUAGUAUCCAUCUGUUUGCUAUGAGCCCGGAUAAGGAAAUAAGUUGUUUACAAGAUGAACAUGGGCGGUGGGUGGAGAGGAAGGCAGAGUUGGCGGAGAUUGCUAGGGGUUACUUCACUGAGUUGUUCAAGGCUGGAAAUUGUGACUAUGAGUCAGUUGUAAACACGAUGACGCAGGUCAUAACCAAUAUAGUAAAAAACGCUUUUUUAA